AUGACUUCUCCUAUUGAGGAUAAUAAUUGGAAAUGGAGGUGGGAUAGCUCUCGCAAUUGGAUCGGUAAAGUCAACUGUCACACGAAGCCUGAGGUCAUUCACCAUAUCAAAGAAAGGCUAUCAUCCAAUCGUCUGGCAGAAUUUGAACGCUCUUGUGUCGGUCACUUCUUGAAAUUCCACGACAAUGCUUAUAACAGUGGCAAAUUACUUUUGGCACUGUUUGGGAGAGAGGUAGAGGUCGACAACUCUCGGGAAAAAGAACGUUAUUAUCGGAUUGGUGGUCGCAAUCACAAGUUUGGAAAAGAAGAGUUUUGUGCAAUUACCGGGUUAAGAUUCGGCAGUUCGGACUUUGACCCAGAUACCAAUGAGAGCCUCCCACCGGCUAAUGGAGUUUACCGUCGAUAUUUCGACGGUAAGAUUGUUCUCGGAAAGGAUUUGUUGUCUAAGUUUGUUCAACAACAAUUUGAGGAGGAUGAUGUUUUCCAAGGAUUUAAGGAGGACGAGACUCUUAAAGUGGCUUUCAUCCUCGUAGUCUUCUUCUUGAUUCUGUCCCCGGACUCGAGGAUGUUGGUGCCAUUGUGGUUGUGGACACUGGUUGAAGACACAACAAAAUUUGAGCGAUUUCCGUGGGGUUCAUACGCUUUUCAGCGUCUUCACCACUAUCUAGAAAAUCAGAUUAAACCGCCGGCUGGUGGAGGCAAAGUGCAGUUCUAUAGCUGCGGGUAUGUCAUGGCGCUUCAGAUCUGGGCUUGUGAAUUAUUUCCCGAAAUUUUAAAGGAUUCUGGAAUGUUACGGAUGGGUGACUACCUUCCUAGGGGCGCUCGAUGGACAUGUGGAAAGGUGCCAUUCAAUCGUGCCAAUGAACUUGAUAAUGUUGAGAUUCCAUAUACACCUAUGGUGAUAACGGCCGAGAAGAGGAACGCCUCUUAUAUGGCGGACAUCGGCAAGGAUUUAUCAUCGAAUGUUCAAUACAUUCACCGUGAUCCGUGGGUGAGCAACUGUCAACCAUUGUCGAUGAAAAAGUUAUCUGCCAAAACGCGUGGACAGGUGUUGAAGACAAUGCGACCCUCAAAGAAGGCCCAUUCUGCAAGCAAUCCGGAUAUUUCUGAAGAAGAUGAACUUAUCCCGCCAGCAAAAAGACGAGCUCAUGUUGUGCCGGAAAGACCACAUCCAGCUGCAUUUGAAAGAGCACCUGGAUCGUCUACCGGAGUUGACGAGGCGAAGAUCGAAGAUGUUGUCUUGCAAAAUAUUGAUGAGGCUUUUGCUAGGAUGUUCCUGUUGGGUUCGAUAGUACCGUACGGGCUGGAAUCGAUUCCCGGUUGUAACUUCAACGACUUGAGGUUACUCGCUAGAGGAAUACAAGCGUCUUCCCUCUAA